CUAACCCACCCUUUCUCCCUCGCUCCCUCUCUAUAAUCUAUUCUUUCUUUCUUGCUUGCUGGCAUCUCUCUCUCUCUCUCUCUCUCUCUCUCUCCAUCAUUUUUCUCUUUUUCUCAAUUCCUUAAACCCUACCCCACCCUUCUCUGUUGAUGCAAAAAUUCUUCCUCCCCUCUGCUGCUGCUGCUGCUGCUGCUUUGCAAAAACCCACCCCCAACAAUGCUUCUCCGAUUCCUACUACUGUUUGUGUUCUCCUUCUCGACCCAUCUCUGGGCUUCAGCCGCCGCCGAAGCCUUGUCGAUAUAUGAUGUGCUCCGAUCGAACGGCCUGCCGAUGGGCUUACUCCCUAAGGGCGUCAAGGAAUUCCAUUUGGACGACGCCGGCCAGUUCGAGGUCCAUUUGGAUCAAGAGUGCAAUGCCAAGUACGAGAACGAACUCCACUACGAUCGCAACGUUUCCGGCACUCUCUCCUACGGCCAGAUCGCCGGCCUUUCGGGUCUUUCUGCUCAAGAUUUGUUUCUUUGGUUCCCCGUUAAGGAAAUUCGGGUGGAUAUUCCCAGCUCCGGCUUGAUUUACUUCGAUGUUGGGGUUGUUUUUAAGCAAUUCUCCCUCUCCUUGUUCGAAACGCCACGGGAUUGCACGGCGGCGAAUCCCCCAGGUCUUCAAGAUGGGAGCUUGAUCGCCGAAACUGUAUCGAAGAAUCUAUCUGGCAAGCUGCCUAAUCAACCUGAUCAGGGUAAUUCCAUGAGGGCUGUUUCUUAGAUUGGCAAGACAAUGAUAAUUCAGGUUGCAAGGUAGCUCAAUCACUGAUGGGGCUUCAUUCCCUGUAUGUACAUGUCUUUUGAGAGUCUAGUAGCAGGUCCUAUGCUUCCUUUCAGUGUGCUUGCUUGCGGUUUUUGUACAUUGCAGAGUCUGCAAACUAUAGCCAUGCCUGCUCCUGUCAGCACGACAGUUUUCGUGAAUGUGACUGAGAGACAAGUUGGAAGAACAGGAUUGUCAUCGGGGUCUUUUAUGCAGAAAAUAUAAUGAGACAGGAGCCUUUGGUCAAAGUGGUUUCAGGUGAUAAAUCUGCUGAAGUCUGUUUUGUUUGCUGAGUUCAUUAUGACUAUAAACAUACACGGUUUCUAGAUAAAGCGUCUUUUUUGUUUUUUGGUAGUAUUUGCAUUAGUGAUGAGAUAUAAAUACUGAUAAAAGAAUAAGGAAUAAAAUGGAUUUAAUUGUUAUUUUCUUUACGGCUGUUAUGUUGUAUGUUGUAUUUCGGAGUUAUUUGUACUUGCUAGUUGCUACUGUUGCCUCUUUGCCUGGCCUCUUUAAACAAUCUGUGCUGCUUACCUCAUUAUUAUUUUGAAUUCUAUGAAUGCUAAAUUAUUGUUGAGUUAUCGGACAAAGAUGAAAAGGGGAAAGAAAGUACUCGGGGGAGAAGAAAGGUGGGAAGAGUGGAAAGCAGGGAGGAAAGUCAGAGCUGUCAUAGAAGAAGUUGUAUUUUGGGUUUGCAUUCGAUUACUUCCUCAAGCAGCUGGCUUGCUACAUCCACGAGUUCACUUCAAAUUUCUGAAGCUCUUGAUACUUUGUUCUUUUUGGACUUGUUGUGUGUUGAAGAUUUGCAUAGCGAGUAGCAUGUUUAAAAAAUAACUUUAAUGAGAAAGAUUUGCUGGUUGUGUAGGUUGGAGUAUAAGUAACAUAUUGCAAUCAUCUUUACACAAUUGGUCAUCAUGAUUUCUUCCCUUGGCA